AUGCGUACGUUCAGCGCUAUUGGUGCUAAGAGCCAGCGGGAAAGGAGGAUUAUGGGUCCCAUGGGAGGUGAUGACAUGGCACAAUCCUUCAAGGAGCUUCGUUUAUGCACAGUAUUCAAGGAAUACCGUUAUCCAAAGUCUUUGUCAGGGCUGACAUGGCACCGUUUCCCGCCUUAG